AUGCCUGAAGAGUCCUCGGAUAUGGCCUGGCGCGUGCUUGGCCAAGCGCUGAAGUUCAUGAAUCGUGACCAGGAGCUUUGGUGGCUACAAACAGCUCCCUUCUUUAACCAGCUAUUGAUACAGUGUGGCUAUCCAGUGGAGUCACAAUACCACUAUCUAUGCUUCUACCAUAGACACAUCCUUCCGGUCUUGGGACCAUUCAUACGGCCCGGAGUUAGCGCUGACAAUAUAAGCUUGUUCACACCGGAAGGCUACCCAUUGGAACUAAGUGUGAACUACCAGCAAAGUCAUUCUAUUGUCCGACUGGGCUGUGGGCCGGUAAGUGAGUUUGCUGGAACGGUGCAUGACCCCUUGAAUCAAUUCAAGGCACGGGAGCUGCUAGGUAGGCUGGCUCUCCUAGACUCGAACAUUGAUCUGCGAUGGUUCGAUUACUUCGCUUCUCAGCUCACUGUCACCAUCGAGGAGGCAAACCUCGCUUCCCAUCAUCUUAUCCCCCCUUUACGGCAAACAAACGAGGUUGCCUUUGAUCUGAAGGAAGAAGGGAUCGUUCCAAAAGGCUAUUUCUUCUUGAAGCCUAAAUCUAUCGUGACCGGAGUGCCGACUGGUGUCCUGGCCUUCGACGCUAUUGAACGACUGGAUGCACAUUUUCACGCCAGCUUGGCCGUCCUUAAGGAGUUUUUGCUCCCUUGGUUGGACGCCCAGAAUGAUUCCGAUGCAGCUGUCUCGGAUGUAUUCCUCAUUGGGUUUGAUUGCGUGAUACCAAGGAAAUCGCGCAUCAAGUUAUAUGUUGUUAAUACGCACCUUUCCUUUGAUAACGUCCGUGCGCUAUGGACGCUUGGAGGCCGGUUCGACGACCCUGUUACCACGAAAGGCCUAUUGAUUGCCGAAAAACUGUGGAGCGUGCUCCAUUUCAAGGAACUCUCUUAUGCGGAUAUGGAUGCAGACCAAUUACCGUUGGCUGUCUACUAUGAAAUGAAGCAUGGAGGAACUGCUCCAAAGCCACAGCUAUAUCUCCCAUUGCAUGGCGUGAACGAUGACUUCAUUGCAGACGCACUAACAAAGUUCUUUGAAUAUCUGGAAUGGGGAGGAUUUGCAGCUCGCUAUAAGCAAGAGUUGAUCUCGAAUUUUCCAUGUCACGAUAUAAAACAAACAAAGACGGCCCAACGCUGGGUGUCUUUCUCGUAUACUGAGCCAGCUGGAGUAUACUUAACAGUAUACUUUCAUCCUGUCCAAGGCAAGAUAGGAAGCCUGCCUCUCUAGGCUUUGCAAGGUGUGAAACUUGCG